AUGUAUUCGGAUUUGGAGUCCAACGAGCAGAGGUUGCGUGACGCAUUUGAGAAGUUUCCUGAUAAUGAGGACCUCCUUGUUUGCUUGUUUUUUAUUCAUGUACGCAAAUGCAAUUUCAAUGCUCAACAAGCAAUCGCCCGCAAACUGUGCCAACAAAAUCCUCUGGACCGAGGAUUUAGGUUUUGGAUGGCCCUAAGUACAGUUCUACAGGGGGAAAAGGACGCAGCGUUGGCCAAACGCAUGUUUCUCCCAUUAGCCGAGCGAAUUUUAGAGAAGGCGCUGAAUGAGGGAUACUUUCGUUCACAUAAGGAUCUUCAUUUUUACAUUUCAGUACUGAAAAGGAUGGGCAAGUACUCCAAGGCUCUGGGCCUUUUAACUGAUAGUAGUGUUAUGGACAAGAUUAAUGAACAAGAUUAUCAGCAUGACUACUCAGACUGUCUCCUGGAGCUAAAUGCCGAACUUGGGGAUUGGUCCGAAAUGGUACGAAUUGCGACGGUUAUGCUGGAAAAGGAUUCUGACAAUUGGUCUGCCUGGAAAACACUAUUGCACCACGGUUUUCAAGAUGAAGACAAGACGAAAGUUUUACUUUCACUAAUAGACCGGUUUGUAAAGCAAUCACCAAACUGUCGUGGCCCUUAUCUUGCCUUGAUUGACUUUUCUGCAAAUCUCAUCAAACGUGGAAUUCAGCACCCCAAUGCGGAGGAGUCCUUUUGCGUUAACCUCGCCAAUCAGUUUUUUGCUAAGUACGGUCGAAAGCCGAUAGGGGCCUUGGAUUUGUCCUAUGUUUUACCAUUUCUAAUUAAAUCUGAAGAAAACCGCCUCAGCUCUCUUAGUGAUGAUGAAAACGUUCAUUAUGAAGUGUGUGCUUAUCGUUUGGCACGAACCAACGGUGUACCUCUCAACAUAACGGACCUUAUCUCGGCCUACCAAUUGCAUGCCAAACGGACUCAACUGCUUGAGAAAGACGCUCCUAAGGAGAUAGCACCUGCUGAUGGUCUUCUUCAGCUUGCAAUUUCUGAGAUGCUCGAUCCUAUGGUUGGGCCGUCAAGUUGCGAAAACUCCUUUGGAAGACUGCUGCUUGCUGCCUACUGGCUCGCAGAAAUCGGCUUGAAGUAUUCUCCAGCCAAUCACCUCAUGCGACUCCGACUCUCUUCCAUCCUUUCGCCUUGUGGUGGCCUUGCUUGUAUUGGUCGUCAGCUAAAGGAGCUGAUGCUCCUAAACUUGAAGGAGGCUCUCAAUGUUUCUAUCGGCUACGCGGCAAUGGCGCCUGGACCUGUCUUGACUAUCUUCGGUAAUCAACCUCCAUCUACGACUCUUCCGGACCAAACGAAUGUGAAUUUAAUAAAAUAUCACGAAAUGAUGGUUAGCAAGGUUCGAUCUAUUCGGCGUGAAACCGAGAGCUGGCUUGUGUGCGCUUAUCGGCGUCAGACUUUCAGUCGUGUCCAUGAGUAUACCCAGUUUCUCUAUAAAUUGGGGCAUUCAGACUCACUCCUACUUGCUCAAUCUGAACUCAUCUAUUACAAAGUUCUUGUCGCCUCCAAUAGCUUUGAUGAUGCACUCGAACAGAUGGGCAAUUUCGCCAGUGAAGUGGCGUCUGUGAAAGAAGCACUCCUCAAUGUCUGCGAUAAUCGAGAUUUUUCCGUUGUUCCAGAAUUUUCUCGUCGAAAACCGGACCCAGAAAAUCAAAAACGAUGCUUUGAUCAUUUGUGUGCUUGGAUGAACUUUCGUCUAGAUGUGGUAAAUCUUUUUGGAGCCUGUUCAAAGUUGGUUAUGAAAGCGGUUCCAUGCAUCGACCAAAUCGGUUCUGGUGAACUUGGUGAUGAGUCGCGAAAAGACCUAAAGGAUCUAGUGGAGACGAUUGAGAAUCAAUCGAAUUCUCUAAUAUCACGAAUGAAAGCAAUGGAAGUUGUCACUUCGUUCGAUUGCACAAAAUUUAAGUAUGUUGACCUUCUCCUCACAUCGGAGGCAAUUUUCAUGUCGCCGCCUCCUCUGCCUAAAACUAACAUGAUGUCCUUCUACGUACAUGGUCCCUUUACGCAAAUCCUAAUGGCUGGAAUCGAUCUGCUCAAGUAUUUGACGGCACUUUUGGACAAUGCCUCGAAUGAACCGCUAGAUAUGGAAAAGUGUGCUCUUCCACGGUGCUUGAGCGAACCACUUUUGCAAUUUAUUGGUGAAUCUCCCGGUAUUCCCUCUCUUCCUUCACCUCCUCAAGCCGACUCCUCACUUCCUGGAUUGCUAAAUCCGAGUUCUGUCCUUGUUGGCUUCGGAGUUGCCAUGGAGACGCUGGCGAUGGCUACCCUAUUUAUUACGGCGGCUGUUGCCAUGUUGCGACCUCGAAGAUUGGUACACCAACCACUGCAAAACAGGUCGAAAAAGAACAAGAAAAAGCAGCAACACAAGGUGGAUGUAGAAACGAUUACUGCCUCUCCACCAGCAAGGCACCUUGACCAAGUGGCUGCGUUGAUUCGUGCCGUGGUCAUUCCACAACUUCAGUAUGUGGCUACCAGUUUGCGGAAGUUGGCGGAGGAUUGGGCUGGGUGGGUCUCCACCAUGGCACCCAAAGCGUUCACCGCCACAGCCAUGCAAGCCGCCCGAGCUGCUCUCCCAAAAACACCCGACGAAAACAAGGUCUUUAAUGUUGCCCUGAUGUGA